ACUAUGGUCAUCACAGACAGCGACAGGGGCGUCUUAUUGGAUGACUCCUCAACCCGCGUCCUGACUGGCUGUUUCCUCUCGCUGCUCAUCAUCUCCACGUUGCUCGGCAACAUCCUUGUGUGUGCCGCCGUCAUCAAGUGCCGUCACCUGCGUUCCAAAGUCACCAACUUCUUUGUGAUCUCGUUGGCUGUCUCCGACCUCCUGGUCGCUGUCCUGGUGAUGCCGUGGAAGGCCGUGACGGAGGUCGCAGGGUUCUGGCCAUUUGGCUCGUUCUGCAACACUUGGGUGGCAUUCGACAUCAUGUGCUCCACGGCAUCCAUCUUGAACCUGUGUGUGAUCAGCGUGGACCGUUACUGGGCAAUAUCCAGCCCGUUUCGCUAUGAGAGGAAGAUGACUCCUAAAGUGGCGUUCGUGAUGAUCAGCGUGGCCUGGACGCUCUCCGUCCUCAUCUCCUUCAUCCCCGUCCAGCUCAACUGGCACAAAGCCCAGACCUUUACCUCUACCUCCAUCACUACAUCCACAACCACCCCCUACGGCCUCCAGGCCCCCCCAGACUCCUCUAACCCUGUUGGGGAUGACAACACACAUCAGGCCCCCCGGGACUGGGACAACUGUCACUUCAGCCUGAACCGGACCUACGCCAUCACUACCUCUCUGAUCAGCUUCUAUAUCCCAGUGAUCAUCAUGGUGGCCACCUACACCCAAAUCUACCGCAUCACUCACCGUCAGAUCAGAUGCAUCGCUACCCUAGAAAGGGCCGCAGAGAGUGCCAAGAACCGACAGAACAGUAUGGGUGGAGGUGGCGGAGGAUCCAGCAUCUCCGAAUCAGAGAGCUCGUUCAAGAUGACGUUCAAACGGGAGACAAAGGUCCUGAAGACGCUGACUCUGAUCGUGGGCGUGUUCGUGUGCUGCUGGCUGCCCUUCUUCAUCCUGAACUGCAUGGUGCCGUUCUGUGAGCCGUCGCCCCGCGGUGCCGCGGCCUCCUUCACCUGUAUCAGCCCCACUAUGUUUGAUGUGUUUGUGUGGUUGGGCUGGGCCAACUCUUCCAUCAACCCCGUCAUAUACGCCUUCAACCCAGACUUCCGUAAGGCCUUCUCUAUCCUCCUGGGCUGCAACAGACUCUGUCCCGGAGAUCACAGCAUGUCUCAAUAAGAAAUGAGCUCAGAGCCUCAGAACUCCCAGUGGUAAUACAACAUCUGCUAAGACACUGGUCUCAGAAGAGGAUCUACAGGACCAGAAGAGGAUCUACAGAACCAGCUGUCAUGGAACAACAGAGAACCAUGGCAUGCCAUCAUCUGGUGUGUUGUAUCGCCAUAAGAAAGCAGAGUAAGCAUUACAACCUUGGUGUAAAAGGUUUGAUGUUGUCGUUGAGGGUGCCACCACCUAUCAUGCAGUGUGAUCUGAAUUGGCACUGCAAUAAGAGAUGAGCGACACUGUGCAGUGUCCCUGACUGUGCAGUGUCCCUGACUGUGCAGUGUCCCUGACUGUGCAGUGUCCCUGACUGUGCAGUGUCCCUGACUGUGCAGUGUCCCUGACUGUGCAGUGAAUGCGGGAAGUCUAGUGAAACAGUGUCUCUAUAGAGUAGAUACUACAGUGAGUCUGGUGUCUCUAUAAAGUAGAUACUACAGUGAGUCUGGUGUCUCUAUAAAGUAGAUACUACAGUGAGCCUGGUGUCUCUAUAAAGUAGAUACUACAGUGAGUCAGGGCCCCAGACUGGACUCUGAUCCAGUGAGUCUGGUGUCUCUAUAGAGUAGAUACUACAGUGAGUCAGGGCCCCAGACUGGACUCUGAUCCAGUGAGUCUGGUGUCUCUAUAGAGUAGAUACUACAGUGAGUCAGGGCCCCAGACUGGACUCUGAUCCAGUGAGUCUGGUGUCUCUAUAGAGUAGAUACUACAGUGAGUCAGGGCCCCAGACUGGACUCUGAUCCAGUGAGUCUGGUGUCUCUAUAGAGUAGAUACUACAGUGAGUCAGGGCCCCAGACUGGACUCUGAUCCAGUGAGUCUGGUGUCUCUAUAAAGUAGAUACUACAGUGAGUCAGGGCCCCAGACUGGACUCUGAUCCAGUGAGUCUGGUGUCUCUAUAAAGUAGAUACUACAGUGAGUCAGGGCCCCAGACUGGACUCUGAUCCAGUGAGUCUGGUGUCUCUAUAGAGUAGAUACUACAGUGAGUCAGGGCCCCAGACUGGACUCUGAUCCAGUGAGUCUGGUGUCUCUAUAGAGUAGAUACUACAGUGAGUCAGGGCCCCAGACUGGACUCUGAUCCAGUGAGUCUGGUGUCUCUAUAGAGUAGAUACUACAGUGAGUCAGGGCCCCAGACUGGACUCUGAUCCAGUGAGUCUGGUGUCUCUAUAGAGUAGAUACUACAGUGAGUCAGGGCCCCAGACUGGACUCUGAUCCAGUGAGUCUGGUGUCUCUAUAAAGUAGAUACUACAGUGAGUCAGGGCCCCAGACUGGACUCUGAUCCAGUGAGUCUGGUGUCUCUAUAAAGUAGAUACUACAGUGAGUCUGGUGUCUCUAUAAA